GGAACGCGGGCGGCGGCCGAAGGCGGGCGGCGGGCCGGGCGGCGCGGCGGCAGGAUGUGUGACAGGAACGGCGGCCGGCGGCUGCGGCAGUGGCUGAUCGAGCAAAUCGACAGCAACAUGUAUCCAGGGCUGAUUUGGGAAAACGAUGAGAAGAGCAUGUUCCGGAUCCCUUGGAAACACGCUGGCAAACAAGAUUAUAAUCAGGAAGUGGAUGCCUCCAUUUUCAAGGCCUGGGCAGUUUUUAAAGGGAAGUUUAAGGAAGGGGACAAAGCUGAACCAGCCACUUGGAAGACGAGGCUACGCUGUGCUUUGAACAAGAGCCCAGAUUUUGAGGAAGUGACAGACCGGUCCCAGCUGGACAUUUCCGAGCCAUACAAAGUUUACCGCAUCGUCCCCGAGGAAGAGCAAAAAUGCAAGUUAGGCGCCGUGACCCCUGGCUGUGUGAAUGAAGUCGCGGAGAUGGAGUGCGGGCGCUCUGAAAUCGACGAGCUGAUCAAGGAGCCUUCCGUGGACGACUACAUGGGGAUGGUCAAGAGGAGUCCCUCCCCACCAGAGGCCUGCAGGAAUCAGCUCCUCCCAGAGUGGUGGACACAGCAGCCCAGCGCAGCAGGCUUGUCGCUGGUGACGGGGUAUACCUCCUAUGACCCACACCAUUCAGCCUUCUCCCAGAUGGUCAUCAGCUUCUACUACGGGGGCAAGCUGGUGGGCCAGACCACCACCACCUGCCCCGAGGGCUGCCGCCUGUCCCUGGGCCAGCCGGGCCUGCCCAGCGCCAAGCUGUACGGACCCGAGGGCCUGGAGCUGGUGCGCUUCCCGCCGGCCGACGCCAUCCCCAGCGAGCGGCAGAGGCAGGUGACGCGGAAGCUGUUCGGGCACCUGGAGCGCGGCGUGCUGCUGCACAGCAGCCGGCAGGGCGUGCUGGUCAAGCGGCUGUGCCAGGGCCGCGUGUUCUACAGCGGCAACGCCGUGCUGUGCAAGGACAGGCCCAACAAGCUGGAGCGCGACGAGGUGGUCAAGGUCUUCGACACCAGCCAGUUCUUCCGAGAGCUGCAGCAGUUCUACAACAGCCAAGGCCGGCUUCCCGACAGCAGGGUGGUGCUGUGCUUCGGAGAGGAGUUUCCAGAUAUGACCCCCUUGCGCUCCAAACUCAUUCUCGUGCAGAUUGAGCAGCUCUACGCCCGGCAGCUGGUGGAAGAAGCUGGGAAGAGCUGCAGUGCUGGGUCCAUGAUGCAGGCUCCCGAGGAGCCCCAGCCAGACCAGGUCUUCCGGAUGUUUCCAGAUAUCUGUGCCUCACACCAGAGACCCUUUUUCAGAGAAAACCAACAGAUCACUGUUUAAGUCUCUCUCUCGGGCACCCCAUCCACGCAUGUCUCGCCUUUCAUUAUUACAAUUACUGUCGUAAUUAUUUAAGGACGUGGAUCCCUCUGACCGGGGUGGGACGCCGUACUCUGCCCUUAAUUUAGGAAGGGCCUUCUCUGAGGACUCGCCAUCCAGAACAAAGUGUGUCACAGACCUGCUGUUCAGAUAGAAACAUUGAGACUCACACCCAAUGGCCUGGAUGCUGCAGCUAUCACCUGUGGUUAAAACAUGUAUUUCCUGCAUAUUUUCCAAAUUAUUAUUAGUUACUAUGAUUCUUUCAGCGUUUGGAGAUAAUUGAUAUUUCCAAAGACAUUCAAUUUUACUAGCAAAUAGCUACUUCCGGUAAAGAAAUUUGGAGUUUUAAGAUCAACUUGUCAGAAGACUGCUUUUCGUGUUUAUAUUUUGUUAAAGCUAUAGAUUUAUGAUUUCAUAUGCUUGAUUGGAUGUGAAGUGUCUUUUUACUUUUAAGCAUGUUAGUAAGAUUUGAAAAUCCUUAGAUACCAGCCUCCCUUUAAUAAGUGAAAGUGAAACUCUUGGCUUGUUAGAAGAACAUAUAUUCUUCCUGGACUUCAGGCACCAGGAGAGCCUUUCCAUCGCCAGCCGCACGGUGUGUUUUGAUCUUCAGACAAUAUGUUUUUCCCUUUGGGCCUUUGUUGCCAGGAAGCUUAGAGCUAAAUUUAUUUUUUCAUUUCUGUAAUUAAAUCAUCCCAGACACCUCUCUUUUCUUCUUUCUAAAUGGUUUUGACCUGUUUUAAAGAUACUUUUAAUUGUCCUAUUUUACAUGUCCUCUUGUAAACUGCUUUGAAUCUUUUUUUUUUAAUAUAAAGUGGGCGGGAUAUAAACCACAAGUUCAAAAAAUAAUGUGGAUUGUACGAGCAUUUUGAUUGUGGCUUUGAUUCAGCCAACCCAUCCAUCAGCCGGUGGUGUUGGGUGUGAGGCUGGAGUGGCUGGGGACGUGGGUGCGAUGUGUUAGCUUCUCACCCCUGCGUUGGGCACGGGGUGGGCCGUGGUGGGAGAACGCCUUCCCAUCCCUAGUCCUUGAGGUUCAGGAUGGCCCGUCCACCCCAAAGUCUGCUCUUCAACAGAGUCAUACAUGGGAUUCCCUUGGAAAACUGGAAAGUCCCAGUUUUAGCCUAGGAAGAACUUACCCUCUUUACUAGCAAAUAGGAUGCAUUUACUACCCAAAAAUGUGUCAGAAUGUUUGCCCUGAAUCAUGAUAUUAAUCCAAAGCUAGGGCAGAAGGCUGACAACAGUGGCUUGGCUUAAUGGUGAGGGCAGUUCACGUGGUCUCAGCGACCCCCCCCCCCCCCAGUGCCCAGGCCUGUGCACCUCCACAACCGCUGUACGAUCACCUCAGGAUCGAACAUCGUUUUUUAAAAAACCAUUGUAUUUUGCUAGAUCGGGGUGCCUCUUCUUCGUCUGUGUCCUGCGUGAUACACUGGGCCUGGACAGUGCGUGCUGAGCACCUACGCAGCCCCCUUCCAGCACUGCUGUUUGUUGGUGUGGCUGAGUCAGUUCCGCAGUCGUGGAGACCCCGGGCAGCUUAGGGGAGGGGCGGUGGGGAGGAGAGUCUUGUCUCUGUUCUUUCUCCUUCAUAACCCAGCCUGGGUCACCCCACCCCUGACUCAACCUCACAGUGAAAGGGCAGGAAGGGGCCUCGCCUGUUGACCCUCAUUUUGAGAAGUGGGAGAAGCUGGGGUCUGGGGGACAAGAUUGCCUCAGCUCAGCCAGCCUUGUGGCCUUGUGACCAUAAGAGUCUCUGAUGUAAAACUGAAAAGCCUAGGAAGACCCGUUCACUCUUCCCACUGCUCCUGCUAUGAAGGCGUGUGGGUGUAGCGCGGAGCAAGACUCAAUCCUUAGAGGGCCUUUGAAUGUGUUUGAAUUCACAUGACAAUAUAGGAGAACUCCAGUAAAAGAAAGUGGCUUUUCCUCUUUGGCCAACAAAACCAGCAUUACAUUUUUGAGGAUAACAGACCUGUUUUCUGAAAUUUUGUCAGAUAACGAUAGGCUUUAGUCUCUUGCUCAAAUGAAAUGUUAAAGCACACAUCUUUCAUAUGCUGAAUGAAUAUUUAUUUUUGUAUCCAUUUAAAAAGUAUAUUGAUCUCUUUUAUUCUUUAUUAAAAUAAAGUGCUCUUUU